AUGUCGAACCUCGCAGCGGGCGACGCGCAACUCUUCGAAGACACCUUCACGGUGACGACCUACGAUCAAUCCAAAUAUGACCGCGUGGCACGUAUCGGUGGCACGUCCACCGACAACCUGACAACGAUGCAGCUUGACAUCAACAUCGAGUUGUUCCCCCUUCGCGUCGGCAGUAACAUCGAGGUUGUACUGGCUACUAGCCUGUCACUCGACGGUACCAAAGACGAGGAAGAAGAGAAAGGAUGGCGCCACGUUCGCAACGAGUCUUCCCUUGCGGAUAUGUAUGACUACGUGUGCCACGGCAAGAUCUACAAGUUUGAGGAUGGUGUUGAUGGUCAGACUAUUCGCGCGUACAUCUCAUUUGGCGGGUUAUUAAUGAUGCUGGAGGGACCCUAUAAGAAGUUAACGCCGUUGCGUGUCGACAACACCUACCUCCUAGUUAAGAAAUAA